UGUGUGUGGGUGUGUGUACGUUAGGAUCGGAUCAUCGAUGCCGGACCAAAGGGGAAUGAAGCUCGCUUCAUGAACCACUGCUGCCAACCAAACUGUGAGACCCAGAAGUGGACAGUCAGCGGAGACACUCGUGUGGGACUCUUUGCUCUCGUAGAUGUCACUGCAGGCACGGAGCUGACCUUCAACUACAACCUGGAGUGUUUGGGUAACGGGAAGACGGUCUGUAAAUGUGGAGCACCAAACUGCAGCGGUUUUCUGGGUGUCAGGCCAAAGAACAACCCUCCGUCUGAUGACAAAGGUCGCAAACUGAAGAGGAGGGGUCAUCACAAAAGGAAGAAGAAGGUGGUGGUGACCAAAGAGAGGGAGGACGAGUGUUUCAGCUGUGGAGACGGAGGACAGAUGGUUUCCUGUAAGAGACCUGGCUGCCCCAAAGUUUACCACGCUGACUGUCUCAACCUCACCAAGAGGCCAGCAGGUCGCUGGGAAUGUCCGUGGCAUCAGUGUGACGUCUGUGGCAAAGAGCGGCAUCCUUCUGCGAGAUGUGUCCGAGUUCUACUGCAGUCAGCACCGUGACGGUCUGCUCUUCAUCUCCAAGCUGGAUGGCAAACUUUGCUGCAGCGAACCGACCCCUGUGGGCCUGACCCACUGGAGCCGGGGGAGAUCCGAGAGUACAAGCCUGAACCCAGAGCUCUGACCUCCGGGCUGGGCAUGGCCCAUCAUCACCUCCACCUCUCCCAACACAACCACAGCCCUGAACCCAACCUCCAGCAGGGACCAGGAGAUCAGCAGCCCUUCUGGAAUUUGCUCUGCUGAGUCAUUUCCUGCCUUUUCUAUCCCAGUACCAAUCACUAUUCCUGUACCUGCCGCGUCACCUCCCCCCAGCAGCUCCGACGCUCCCAGCAGUCC